GAUAGUGACGAUGUGGGAACAGAUGAGGAGAUCCGUGCUGUGCAGAGCUGUGUGUGAAGGUUCGGACACCCAGAACAAGUAUGCCGAACUCUUCCAGAAGCUGGACAUUAAUAAGGAUGGCAAGGUGGACAUCCAUGAGCUCCAGCAAGGGCUCAGAGCCAUGGGGAUGGCAGUAGCCGCCGGUGCCGAGGAGAAAAUUGUUGCAGCCGGUGACACAAACAAAGAUGGACAGCUUGACUUUGCAGAGUUCAUGAAAUAUCUAGAAGAGCAUGAGAAGAAAAUGAAAAUUGCUUUUACAAGCCUGGACAAAAACAGUGAUGGAAAGAUUGAAGCAUCUGAAAUCUUGAAUUCUCUUAAGACUUUAGGUAUAAACAUUUCAGCAGACCAUGCUGAGACAAUCCUCAAAAGUAUGGAUGCAGAUGGCACCCUCACAGUAGACUGGAAUGAGUGGCGGGACCACUUUCUGUUUAAUCCUGCAGAUAACAUUCAGGAAAUUAUUCGUUUCUGGAAACAUUCAACGGUGCUGGAUAUUGGUGACAGCCUCACUAUUCCAGAUGAGUUUACAGAAGAGGAGAAGAAGACUGGUCAGUGGUGGAGACAGCUUUUGGCCGGAGGAUUGGCUGGAGCCGUGUCCCGUACAGGAACUGCCCCUCUUGACCGUUUGAAAGUUAUGAUGCAGGUGCAUGGGACCAAAGGAAACGCAAACAUGCUGGCUGGUCUAAAGCAAAUGGUGAAGGAAGGAGGUAUCAAAUCCCUCUGGCGGGGGAAUGGCGUUAACGUCAUCAAAAUCGCCCCAGAGACGGCCAUGAAAUUCUGGGCCUAUGAUCAGUACAAGAAGCUAUUUACCUCUGAAAGUGGGAAGUUGGGUACCCCCCAGAGAUUUAUAGCUGGGUCUUUGGCUGGAGCAACAGCACAGACUUGUAUAUAUCCUAUGGAGGUUAUGAAGACUCGUUUAGCUGUGGGGAAGACUGGACAAUAUAAUGGAAUGUUUGACUGUGCUAAGAAGAUUCUAAAAAGGGAAGGUGUCCUGGCUUUUUAUAAAGGAUAUAUACCCAAUAUCCUGGGUAUUAUUCCCUAUGCAGGCAUUGAUCUUGCCAUCUAUGAGACUCUUAAGAAUGCUUGGCUGCAAAAAUAUGCUACAGAUUCUGCCAACCCAGGGGUCCUGGUCCUGCUGGGCUGUGGCACUGUAUCAAGUACCUGUGGCCAACUUGCCAGUUAUCCAUUAGCUUUGAUCAGGACGAGAAUGCAAGCUCAAGCAUCUAUAGAGGGCGCGCCUCAGCUUAGCAUGGGAGGCCUCUUCCGCAAGAUUAUAGCGAAUGAAGGAUUUACAGGCCUAUACAGAGGGAUAGCUCCGAACUUCCUGAAAGUGCUCCCGGCUGUCAGUAUCAGCUAUGUGGUAUAUGAGAAGACGAAGUUGCAGCUUGGGAUCUAGGAGUGGGGAACCUCCGGCCUUCACACUCAGGAAAUCCAUUGCGUGCAUUAUUGUCUGUGUGUUUAUUGUGAAAGCUAAACAGGGUGCACUGAGUAUGGAUUGUGUUGCUGCAGGCCAUAGUGAAAGU